AUGGACCUAAAUCCUUUGGCUACCUACGUCAAGGAGAGAGAGGGCAAGCGGGUCAUCCGCAAGAUCCUCAUCUCGAACAAUGGCAUGGCAGCGGUCAAGGCGAUCUUAUCCAUGAGGAGGUGGACCUUCACCGAGUUCGGGUCAGAGCAGCUUAUUACUUUUGUGGCCAUGGCGACGCCAGACGACCUAAACGCAAAUGCCGAGUUCAUCCGCCUUGCCGACUCCUUUGUCGAGGUCCCCUCUGGGAAGAACGUCAACAACUAUGCAAAUGUCGACUUGAUUUGCAAGAUCGCACAGGAGCAGCAGGUGGAUGCCGUCUGGCCCGGUUGGGGCCACGCCAGUGAGAACCCAAAGCUCCCCGCAAAGCUCAAGGAGAUUGGCAUUACCUUUAUCGGACCACCCUCCGGAGUGAUGGCAGCCCUCGGAGACAAGAUCGCGGCCAACAUCCUCGCGCAGACCGCCAAGGUUCCGAGCAUCCCAUGGAGUGGUGAUGGCCUCACCUGCACCCUUACGGACGAGGGCACCGUGCCGGACGAGGUCUUUAACAAGGCCAUGGUCCGCACGGUGGAGGAAGCCGUGGAGCGGGCUGAGAAGGUUGGGUUUCCGAUCAUGGUGAAGGCCUCCGAGGGUGGUGGUGGCAAAGGCAUCCGAAAAGCCACGAACAUGGAGGAGCUGAAGGUGGCUUUCACGAACGUGAGCACGGAGGUUCCAGGCUCGCCCAUCUUCUUGAUGCGGAUGGUCUCGAAGGCUCGCCACUUGGAGAUCCAGAUUUUGGGCGACGAGUAUGGCAACACCCUGGCGCUGAACGGCCGCGACUGCUCCACCCAGCGGCGCUUCCAGAAGAUCUUCGAGGAAGGCCCUCCGACCAUCGCGAAGCCGGACGUCUUCCACGAGAUGGAACGGGCGGCCAUGCGCUUGACCGCGCUGGUCAGCUACCGGGGCGCCGGCACUGUGGAGUAUCUCUACAGCCCGGAGACCGAUACCUUCUGCUUCCUGGAGUUGAACCCACGUCUCCAGGUGGAGCAUCCCGUGACCGAGGCUAUCACUGGAGUGAACAUGCCCGCAACGCAGUUGCAGAUUGCCAUGGGCAUCCCGCUCUACAACGUCCCGGACAUCCGAAGGUUCUACGGCAUGGACCCGGCGGUCUGCUCCAAGAUCGACUUCUUCGCCGUGGACUACCCGCCCAUCACUUCGCACUGCUGCGCCUCCCGCAUCACCGCCGAGAACCCCGACGAGGGGUUCAAGCCCACCAGUGGCAAGAUCAACAGUGUUCGCUUCCAGUCUGCCGGCGACUGCUGGGGCUACUUCAGCGUUGGCCUGAAGGGUGGGAUCCACGAGUUCGCGGAUUCCCAGUUCGGUCACAUCUUCGCGAAGGGUCCGAACCGAGAGGCGGCGAGGAAGAGCCUCCGCUUCGCGCUCAUGAACCUGGACAUCUCUGGAGACAUCCGCCACCCCGUCGACUACUUGGUCGAUUUGAUCGAGACGCAGGCCUACAAAGAGAACACCAUCGACACCAUGUGGCUCGAUGGGCUCAUCGCCAGCAAGGCAAUCUCCCCAAGCACUGGCGUCAUGGACGUGGUCUUCUAUGCGGCAGUCUACCGCGCCUUCAGCAUGGUCCAGUCCCGCACACAGGAUGCGCUUGAGGCCAUGCAGAAGGGCCAGCUGGUCCUGCUUGGCAAGAGCGACACGGAUGCCCUGGUGAACUUCCCGGUGGAGAUCACCUACGACGGCAAGAAGUUUUGCUUCCAGGUCUCCAGAUUGCGAAGCGAUGUCUACGCCUUCACCAUCAACAAGAAGACGCUGAAAGCCAAGGUGCGGCAGCAGCCGGACGGAUCCCUCUAUGUGAGCAUCGGCAGCAUCAGCCAGCAAGUGAAGGGCCAGGAGGAGGCUCUGGGCCUUCGUCUGAUCAUCGGCGCUCAGACCAUCAUGGUCCCGACGGUCUACGACCCCUCGGAGCUUCGCUCCGACGUGAAUGGAAAGGUGGUGCGCUACCUCCAUGACGAGGGCACCGAGAUCGGCAAGGGUGAGGCCUACAUCGAGUUGGAGGCCAUGAAGAUGAUCAUGUCACUGAAGUCCGGUGAGGCCGGCAAGAUCUCCCAUUCCCUGAGCCCGGGCGCCAUCGUCUCUGCCGGGGAGGUCUUGGCGAACCUGCAGCUAAAGGACCCCUCGAAGGUGAAGAAGAUCGCCCUCUUCGAGGGAGACUUCGAGAUGAGUGCCAAGCCCGAGCCGGAUGUGCCCGCCCCUCGCGAGGAUUUGCAGGCUUUUUUGGACGGCUACCACUCGGAGCAGAAGGGACCCCAGCUCGUGGAGCAGAUGUUCGCGAGCUUCGCCAAUCGCGAGGCAGCCUCCGAAACCGUGCGUGGCGUGCUGGAGAAGUACCUGUCCAACGAGCGGCCCUUCGCCGCAUCCAUUGAGAAGAAGCAGCCUUACGACAAGCUCUUGCUGGACCUGAUCAACGAGGGCAAGGAUUCGCUGGAGAAGGUCCUUUUCAUGGUAGCCGCUCACAAUAAGCUCGCGGAGCGAUCCAACGCCGUGAUGGCCCUGAUCCGCGAGAUGCUGGCAGCCGAGGGCUCCGGCAUGUCCUGCAUGUAUGUCCCCGACCUCCACCUGGAGGAUGACAUGGCCGGCGCGGUGCAGGAGAAGAUCGUGGAGCUCUCGCAGCUGCCCAGCUCCGCCGCUGUGGCCGGAGACUACGGCAACGUCCGGUACUUGGCGCAGCAGCUGCUGGAUACCGUUCCCCAGGAGUCCUACGAGGAGCGCGGCAAGCACUUCUGCGAGCAGCUUGCGGCUUUGAAGGAGGACACGGUGAAGGCGAUGACUUUGGAGCUGCCCGGCGCCGACUCGGACGGCAGCCUGGAGAUGGAGCUCCUGGUGGAGGCACUCAGCGACUCGGACGCGAAGAUCCAGGAGCGGGCCAUGCACGCCUACCUCUCCUGGCUGGCAGCCCCAAGCCGCCUAACCAAGGUCGAGGUGCUUCCCGCCACGAAGAGCGCGGUGUGGACGCAGUUUUUUCCCGUGACUGCGGAGCAGGAGCACAACCGCCAUGGCCUUCUCACCGUCGUGGCAGACCUCAACGGGCUUGAGUUGGAGAAGCUCUUGGCUCCUUUGGUCAAGCUGCAGAGUGGCGUGCAGGGGGUUCCUAUCAACUUCCUCCACAUCGUCGUGGGACGUGAUGCCUUCCCAUCCAUUACAGACCGCACCCUCUUCUACAACACUGACUCCGAAUUGCAGCAGGUGCUGAAGCGCUGCCAGGGCAUCUUCGCAAGGCAAGCAGAGCUCCUGAAAGCGGCCGGCGUUGGAGAGAUCUGCGUGGCCCUGCCGCAGCCGCCAAGACACCCCCGCUUCGUGAAGUUCAGCAUCGACCCAACCACCGAGGAGUGGUCCGAGAAUGAGAUGGGCCGCGACCUGUGGCCUUCCUUCUCCGGCUUGCUGGAGCUGAGCAUGCUCCAGCGCCUCUACACACUCCAGCGCAUCCACAAGGAGGUACGGCCCACUUCCCACAUCUACCUCGCCACACCCAUGAUGGGGGGCAAGGCCCCCACAUCGACGUCGGAGCUCUUGAUGAGGGCUCUCUUCCUGUCCGGGGUGAGCAAGGAGUCCUUCAGCCAGAGCCUGACGGACAGCGUGGAUGUGGCGUUGGAGGAAGUGGAGCAUGCCAUGUUGGAUCCACGUGUGGCCAAGCUAGGGCCCUCGGUGACCAGCCGGAUCUUCGUGCACUUCGUCAGAGAGCUCGACAUGGACUUGGCCGAGCUCGAGCAGCGCUUCACUGACACGAUCAGCAGCCAUGUUGGGCACCGAGGUUCGGAGGUCAUCAAGCUCUGCAUCGAUGAAAUCGAGGUGAAAGUGCACCGCCGCGUGGGAGGAGCCACGGAGAUCUUGCGCCUUUCUCUGUCCUCCCUGAACGGAGGCUUCCUGAAGCCCAAGAUGCUGCGGGAGUUCCCGGACCCUGUCACCGGCUUCCCUCUGCGCUGGGAGGAUGUGAAGGGUGCAGCCCCUCUGACGUCCUUGGACCACCCUCACGUCACGGACCCAGCGGCCCUGAGCCGCUACCAGGCCAAGCGGGUGGCCGCCCGCCGCGCGGGCUCCACCUACGCAUACGACCUCCCCGGCAUGCUCCAGCUGGCUCUGACCAUGAAGUGGAUCGCUUUCACGGGCACUUCGACGAACACCGCUUCGCCGCGCGGCGAGAAGGCUCCCGGAGGCUCCCGGAGGCGCAGCCCGUCGCCUCGGGGGUCCCGAGCUGGGGUGGUCUCGGUGCCGUCGAAGGUUCCGGAGAGCAUGCCCAAGGAGCUCCUGACCGCUGUGGAGCUGGUCAUGGACUGGUCCAAGAUGGAGUUGGUCGAGACGGAGCGGCCUGAGGGCGCCAACGAUCUGGGUAUGUUGGCCUGGAAGCUGACCAUGAAGACGCCGGAGUGCCCCGAGGGCCGUGUGGUGAUCUUGAUUGCCAACGAUGUGACUUUCCAGGCCGGGUCUUUCGGCGUCCGGGAGGAUCACUUCUUCCAGAAAGCCUCGGAGCUCGCCAGGAAGCUGGGACUUCCUCGUGUCUACGUGUCCUGCAACAGCGGGGCGCGCGUGGGACUCGUUGAGGAGCUGAAGCCCCUGUACAAGAUCCAGUGGUGGGAUGAGAAGGAUUGCAGCAAGGGCUUCGAGUACCUUUACCUGACCAAGGAGGACUAUGAGAAGCUGCCUCCCGGCACCGUGGAGGCCCGAAAAGUUUCGGAGGGUGGCCAGGAGCGCUACAUCCUGGAUGCCAUCAUCGGGGAGGGCCUAAAGAGCACCCAGGGAGGCAUCGGCGUGGAGAAUCUCCAGGGCAGCGGCCUCAUCGCCGGCGAGACCAGCCGCGCCUACCAGGAGACUUUCACCCUGUCCUACAUCACCGGUCGCUCCGUGGGAAUCGGUGCUUACUUGAACCGCCUGGGCCAGCGAAACAUUCAGAUGGUCAGCAGCCCCAUGAUCCUCACAGGCUACUCUGCUCUGAACAAGCUUCUGGGCAAGAACGUCUACUCCUCUCAAGAUCAGCUUGGUGGACCUCAAAUCAUGGUCCCAAACGGCGUCACGCACCAGGUUGUCCGGGAUGAUCAGGAGGGCAUGUCCGCGAUCUUGGACUGGCUCUCCUACGUGCCCAAGGACGUCUCCUGCCUGCCACCGGUGUGUCAGCCUGCCGGCGCGGACCCCUGGGACCGGGAUGUGGAGUUCGAGCCGACUCAGCUUCCCUACGACCCCCGUGACUUCCUCCGUGGCGUGAUCGACUACGAAGGAAACCGGAAGCGCGGCUUUUUCGAUGCCGGCUCCUGGACCGAAUAUCUUGAGGGCUGGGGGAAGACCGUCAUCGUGGGUCGGGCUCGGCUGGGCGGCAUGCCCAUGGGCGUGAUUGCGGUGGAGACUCGGAGUGUGGAGCGCCUUGUGCCAGCCGACCCCUCGAACCCGGCAAGCGCUGAGGUGAAAGAGCUGAACGGCGGCAAGGUCUGGUUCCCCGACAGUGCCUUCAAGACAGCCCAGGCUCUCAGGGAUUUCAAUCGUGGCGAGAAUUUGCCGGCGAUCAUCUUUGCCAACUGGCGAGGCUUCUCCGGCGGCACCCGCGACAUGUUCAACGAGAUCCUGAAGUUCGGCGCCAUGAUCGUGGAUGCCUUGGUGGACUACGAGCACCCGAUUUUCAUCUACAUCCCCAAGCACGGCGAGCUCCGGGGCGGCGCCUGGGUGGUCAUCGACCCUGCCAUCAACCCAGACAAGAUGGAGAUGUAUGCGGAUGUGGAUGCCCGCGGCGGAAUCCUUGAGCCCCCUGGCAUCGUCGAGGUCAAGUACCGCGCGCCGCAGCAGAUCGAGGCCAUGCACCGCAUCGAUGCGAAGCUCAAAGACCUGGACUCGAAGCUGGAAGGGAGCCAGGGCCCUCAGAAGCUCGAGGUGGAGAAGGAGAUCAAGGCGCGUGAGAAGCAGCUGCUUCCGCUGUACACCUCGGUGGCAACGACCUUUGCCGACCUCCACGACCGAGCUGGUCGAAUGAAGGCCAAGAACGUCAUCCGCGACAGCAUCUCCUGGAAGGACUCCCGCCGUUACUUCUUCUGGCGCGUGAAGAGGAGGGUCUUGCAGGAUCACAUGAUCAAACAGCUGCAGAAGGCGGACCAGACCUUGAGCCACAAGGGCGGUGAGGCGCUGAUCCAAAAGUGGGCCGCGGAGAGCAACGUGGACUUCAGCAGCGACAUGAAGAUGGUCAGCUGGCUGGAAUCCCAGAGCAUCGAGGCGAGGGCAGAGGCCAUCCGAACCGCUUUCCUCAAGAAUCAGAUUCAGACGCUGUUCAGCCAGCUUCCAGCGGGCGAGAAGGGAGGCCUUCUCUCCAGCCUCAAGGCCUAA